CUGUACCCGUAGUUCGCCCUAUCAACAGGCCUUACUGCCAACAAAUUGGAGCGCGAGUGUCGAUAUUUGAACAUCCAGUUGAACAUCACAGCCUUCUCUUCCUCACAGAACGUGAUUGCGCUUUUUCCACACGCACUCGAAUACGUGCGUCUUGUAGCUGUGCUUUCAAGCGGAUCACUUGUAGUCGGCGUGAGUGAAGCUAGGCGCGGCCACGCCAUCGGCUGCUAAUAGCAAGCGGCCGUAGCCGAGCGUGCCUCCUGAUAUCAAGGGCCGACCCCGCCGUCCGCCGCUGGUACGGGUCGGGGCGAACACUAUCAGCCCCCGCGUCUCAGCCGUCGCCGCCGCUGCGCCAGCAUGGCGUCGCUGCUAUCUGAAUGGGCGGCCAACGCCCAGGACCUGUUCGCCAACCGGCUGCGGCCGGGCCACGUGGAGUUCGCCAUGCUGGUGUAUCAGCCGCUAGCGUACUGGCUCGUAGCGGGCUUCUAUGACAUCCUCGACACACUCAAGCUACCUUUCACGGAGCGCUACAAGGUGGUCCGCCGCGACCCGGGGCGGCCCAACACCAUCACGCGGUCGCAGGUCAUCAUCCGCGUGCUGCUACAGCAGGCGAUCCAGAUCGCGCUGAACCUGGUGCUGUUCGUGGUGGACAAGGACAUGUGCGCGGUGGGGCCGGCCGGGCCGCAGUCGCUAGCGCUGCGCGCCAGCCGCUUCGUGCUGGGCAUGUACAUCAUGGACACGUGGCAGUACUGGAUCCACCGCUGGGUGCACGUGAACACCUUCCUGUACAAGCACCUGCACAGCGUGCACCACACGCUCAACAUCCCGUACGCCUACGGCGCGCUGUACAACUCCAUCCUGGAGGGCUUCCUGCUGGACACGCUGGGCGGCGUGGUGAGCCUGUACGGCGCGGGCCUGGACUGCGAGACCUCCACAGCCCUCUUCGUGUUCGGCUACAUCAAGACCGUGCUGGACCACUGCAACUACCGCGGCCCCAUCAACCCGCUGCACAGCCUGUUCCCCAACUCCGCCGCCUACCACGACGUGCACCACGACGUGCGCGGCAUCAAGAUGAACUUCUCGCAGCCGUUCUUCACGCACUGGGACUGGCUGCUGGGCACCUUCAUGGACCCCAACGGCAUCCACUUAACAGUGGAGGAACUCAAGGCGCAGCAGGAGGAGAAGGCCAAGACGCAGAAGGACAAGAAGAAGCAAUGACACGCUAGGAGGCGCGUGGGGGUGCCGCAGUGCGGGCGAAGGGCGGGACGGCCCGCACCUUGUCCGGUGGUGGGAGUGGGAGUGGGGUGGCGCGAUGGCCGUGCAGGAGAGCUAGUGAAGUGCAGUGCAUUUAGGCACACAGGUUAUGGGAGAAACCAGGCGGUAGAGAGUAGCCGCAGUGAGGUUGUGCGCGUGAUGCACAAGACUGACGCUUGCAGUUCUGGUUUUGCAACUUGAGUGCUGACCCUAGGUGUACUUCAAUGGCGCUUUGAACGGGGUGGAUGUUAGGUGUGGCCGUUUGCGCGCGUGUUGAUUUUGUUACUUGUGCACGGCCCGCGCACGGAUUAUAGCGUCAUGUGGCCGUAGUCGCGUUGCUGCACACAGCAGUAUUGCUCACAGGGUGUACAGAGGACUGAACAAUAGGCUAUAGUGGUGAUUGCAGCCAGCACUGCCGGGUACUGUAGCAGGUCUUGCCGCGGGCACUGCAUAGCAAGCAUGCACACGAGCAGUGACAAGGUUGUGCCACCUGUGGUGGGGCCACGGGGGGAGCAACGUGAGUUCAGGAUGCAGUGAAAGAGGAGCUACAUGCAAAGUAGGCAACCUUAACACGCAGGAAGCAGCACGGACGCUCGGCUGCAUUGCUGUAAUUGGAAUUAGGA